AUGAUACUCAUGAGACUGUAAUUUCAACGAAGAUGUCUCAGACAGCUACCAAGAUUUCUCUUCGAGAACGUAAGAUGAGAAAUUGAACUAUCUGAGCGCAGGGAUCAGUGCCAUGCAGGUCCGUCUAGAUGGGAAGCUGGCGUUGCUGUAUACUCUAUUGGUCUUGCAAGUUCUGAUUGUUAUGAUCUAUGUCGCCACAACUCCGCCGCCCGAGCUAGCUGCAUCUACGACUCGUGCAUCCGUCAGUUUCGUCAAGUUUGAGGCAUCGCAGGAACUGCACGUAAAUCAGGGCAAUCGUAAGAAGUCGUCAAUCUAUCAGACAAUCAAUGGGGAGGUAGCGUUGAAAGAUGUCAAGACGUUUAGGCUGUUUGAAGUAUACAAUCAUACCGUAUGCUGGAAAUAUGGAGUGGACCAGCGUAAAAUGAAAAGCAAUGAGCAUUUGGAAAGAUGUAUCUGCAAUCAAGGAUGGCAUGGCUUGGAUUGCGGACAACCAGAAGUCGUGUGGAGGGCAAUCAUGGCGUCGAAGCAGAACGUUAGCCUGAAACGUCGCAAAACUGCCAGGCACAUUAUUCACACCUUUUUUAUAAGCGACUACAACUCGGCGAUCGCUGAGGUGAUAGUGGAGGAACUUUACAACGUGGUGGACCUUUUUGUAAUUUGUGAUUUCAAUAACGCGGAGGAUAAUUUCCGGCACAAACUGUCCAAAGGACUGUUACAGCGAGAGCAAAAGAAGAUUCUGUACAUCAACGUGGCAACCAAGUCCCACAAACCAUCCCGGACAGUAUCGAGAUAUGUCUGGGAUAAAAUCAAGACUGUGGUGCAGAGUCUAAAAGACGACGACAUCUACGUGACAACGGAGCCGGAGCAGAUACUGAACUCCAGGGCAUUAAUGUUCCUCAAAGUUUACGACGGUUGGCCUCAGCCCAUCGGAUUUAGAUUAAGAUGGUCAAUAUACGGCUUCUUUUGGCAACAUCCGCUAAAGACAACGAUCACACUCGGCGCAUACACCGUCGGUUUGAUGCGCAAUGCCUAUCAAUCCAACUCGCUUGUAUUGCGACAACAGUUGGACGGAGACACCAGCGAGAGAGAUAUUUUGGGAUUAGUCAUAGGAGAUUUGAAUCAUUACGGCGGAUGGUACUGUAAUCUAUGCCAGGCGCCCGCAAAUAUUAUUAUCGGUCUUCGCAAUAAAGUUCAAUCUAAGGAGAUUUAUAUCGAGAAGACUAUCGACGUGCCGUUUGUAGAGGACCUAAUAGGUAGUGGACUGUGGUUAGACGGUAAAACCAAUCUUCUGAGAGUCUCCAAGUCUAGGGAUUCCUACUUCGCGCCAGAAACGAUUCUCAAUAAUACGUGGAAGUACGACUGGUUGGUAGAGAAUUUUUACGCUAAAUUAGAUUAUUACUGACGUACUGGUCGCACCCGACUGUGAUAUUAACUCAUACUCAAUACUCAAUGUACACUA